AUGCUGCCUGGAAGAUCUCCCCUACAAAGCUGCCCCUCCUGGCAAUCAGGCCCAGAAGAAGAAUGGCCAGUAACCCGAGAUCAGCCAGAGGGUGCAGUAAUCCAUCCCAUGUCCGAGAGCCCUUCCUGCAGAUGGUCCACGCCCAUGAGUCUCCCUCGACCUACCAAACGUGGGCUCAACGUGAGUUCCUUCUCCCCAGUGAAUCCUGGGAAUUGCCUGGCUUCACCAGCCAAGCCUACCACCAGCUCGCCCUGAAGCUGCCACCCUGCACAGAAAUGAAGUCCAAGGUGCGUCACCGACUCAUCCAGCCUUGGAAGCCUGCUGCCCCACACACCUGGGGCUUCCACACGUGGCUCGAUGUGGGGCGUUUGCCGGCCACCUUUCCCACCAGCUCCAACAGGCCAUACGAUAGCAAUGUCUGGCGCUGGCUGACGGACUCCAGGGCCCACUGCCGCCCCCCAGCAGAGCCUCCCAUCCCCCCUCCCUCCUGGAUGGGUCAAAAGAGCUUUCUGACCUUCAUCUACUCUACUCCUAUCUUCCUGGACCCAAAUAGGAAGAACCAAGUGAUUUUCAGGACGGUGAAGGAACUAAGAGAAGUGGAGAAACUCAAGCUGAGGAGUGAGGCAAGGGCACCUCCACUGGAUGCCAAUGGCAACAUCCUGCCCCCAAAGAACUUCAAGAAGUACCGGCACAUCUCAGCUGGUGGAAGGUUUGAACCCCGCGGCCUCCAGCUCAUGCCCAAUCCACUUCCAAAUGACUUAGCCAGGAGCUGGCCCUGCCCAAACCCUCAGCCUCAUUACCAGGAGAAGGCACUGAAGCUGGCCUUGCUGCCCAGUGCACCCCUGAGCCAGGACCUUGUGAAGAAGUACCAAACCCUGAUAGAGGACCGGGUUGCCUUGCCCCUCCACCAUCUCUCCAAGGCACAACCUGGCAAAGCCUCAGUGAGAAAGAGAACGAGAAGACCUGGAUACAUCUAGAGGAGCCUCCAGAUGGGUGGGGAUCACGGUGAGCACACAGACCUCCAGGCUCCAGUGUUCUCAGCCAAUGCACCUUCAGCAAGGGGCCUUUGGGGUGGCUGAAGGACUCUGGCGGCUGCAGAACAGAGCCUCUCCACCAUCCCCCCAACUUCAAGCCACCUCUGUACCCCAGGCUCCUAGAGACUCUACUGAAACUCUCAA